AUGUCAACAGUUAUCAUCGGCGGUGGCAUAAUGGGCGCCUCGGUAGCCCACUACCUCGGCGACCCAUCUUCUUCAUCCAAUGCCCUCCAGGGCCACGAAAUCCACGUCAUUGAAUCCUCCUCGCAACUCUUCAGCGGUGCAUCCGGCUACGCUGCAGGUUUCAUUGCAAAAGACUGGUUUGCGCCUGCUCUUGCUCCCCUGGGGAAAUUGUCGUACGAGCUACAUAAAAAGUUGGCCGCGGAGUAUGAUGGGAAUAGGAGAUGGGGGUAUAUGCCGGGCACGGCGUUGAGUUUGGAUGUUAAUACCACUGAUAACGGGAAUGGUGGGACGGGGUAUGACUGGUUAAGGGAUGGAAGCAGUCGUGCUUUGGCUGCGAGCGGGACGAAGACUGUUAAGUUGGAGAAGCCGGAGUGGUUGACGAAGCAAAAGGAGGAGCGUCUUGAGGUGAUUAGUGAUGAAGAUACCGUGGGACAAGUCGACCCCCUGCGAUUGUGCCACUUCUUGCACGAGACGACAACCGCUCGAGGCGUGAAAUGGCACAACCCUGCUCAGGUCGUCUCUGUGACUACUGAUCCUGCUACCAACUGUAUCAGCAGCGUCACAGUGCUCAACUCCGAGACGCAAACAGAAUAUAGCAUUGCCUGCCGGAAUUUGGUGAUAUGUGCCGGUCCCUGGACGAGUUUGGUGUACAAGACCCUGUUCCCAUCCGCGUCAACAACAGAUAGCCCUCAUGUCUCUUCCUUGGCGGGAUACUCAUUGCUCGUCCGCUCACCACGUCAUACCAUGUUGCACGAACAUGAUCAAUACAAAGGCCAAACCCACGCCGUAUUCACAACCGUAUCCGAGGAGGACGGCGGUUUUAGUCCCGAAAUCUUUUCCCGCCAAGGCGCCGAAAUCUACAUCGCCGGCCUAAACAGCACCGAAAUCCCCCUCCCGACGGGAGCAGAAGGCUCAAAAGAGAUCAUGGAUGAGCAGCAGAUGGCCAAACUACGCAAAGUCGCUGUUCGAUUUUUAGGUAAACUUGCAGCAGAUAAUGAGGAGCCGAUUAAUGAAGAUGACCUGGAAACCCUCCGGGAGGGACUGUGCUUCAGGCCCGUGUCGAACACAGGAUUGCCUAUUGUUUCGCGUGUAAAGGAUGAGUUGCUUGGGGAGAAGAUUAAUGUUAGAUCGGAUACUACGGCGGUGGGUAGGGAGAUUGGAGGGGUGUUUAUUGGAACGGGGCAUGGGCCGUGGGGAAUUUCGCAGUCGUUGGGGACAGGCAAGGUGAUUGCAGAUAUGGUGGAUGGAGUUGAGCCGGCGGCUGAUGUGAGUGGUUUAUCUUUGUAA